GUUUGCGCCCGGUCCGCGCUGCCCGCCGCGCUCCAGGCACUCCACGCUGCAGCCGCUCGGAGCAAUGAUUAACCCGGAGGGCCGGCCCGCGCCCUGCCCGGGGCGGAGGCCUGGGGCCGGGGCGGGACCCCGAAGGGCCGCUCCGCUUCCUGCUCUCUCCCAAGUUUCCUCGUAGAGAGCGCAGUGCCGGCCAGGGCCCGCGGCGCGGCGUGGCGCAGGGCGCGGCGCGGGUCGCGCGUGGGCGCGGAGCGGGCCACUGGGGUCACCAUGAGGACUCUCCGCAGGUUGAAGUUCAUGAGUUCGCCCAGCCUCAGUGACCUGGGCAAGAGAGAGCCGGCCGCCGCCUCCGCGGACGAGCGGGGCACGCAGCAGCGCCGGGCCUGCGCCAACGCCACCUGGAACAGCAUCCACAACGGGGUGAUCGCCGUCUUCCAGCGCAAGGGGCUGCCUGACCAGGAGCUGUUCAGCCUCAACGAAGGCGUCCGGCAGCUGCUGAGGACGGAGCUGGGGCCCUUCUUCACCGAGUGCCUGCAGAACCAGCUGCUGACGAAAGGCAUGGUGAUCCUGAGGGACAGGAUCCGCUUCUACGAGGGACAGAAGCUGCUGGACUCGCUGGCGGAGACGUGGGACUUCUUCUUCAGCGACGUGCUGCCCACGCUGCAGGCCGUCUUCUACCCCGUGCAGGGCAAGGAGCCGUCCGUGCGCCAGCUGGCCCUGCUGCACUUCCGGAACACCAUCACCCUCAGCGUGAAGCUGGAGGAGGCGCUGGCCCGCGCCCACGCCCGCGUGCCUCCCGCCAUCGUGCAGAUGCUGCUGGUGCUGCAGGGCGUGCACGAGUCCCGGGGUGUGACCAAGGACUACCUGCGCCUGGAGACGCUGAUCCAGAAGGUGGUGUCGCCCUACCUGGGCACCUGCGGCCUCUACUCCGGCGAGGGCUCCUUCCCGCACCCCUGCGUCCUAGAGAAGCACCUCCUGCGCCGCUCCCGCUCCGGGGACAUCCUGGCCAAGAACCCGGUGGUGCGCUCCAAGAGCUACAACACGCCGCUGUUGAACCCCGUGGCGGAGCACGAGGCCGAGGGCGCGGCGGCCGGAGGCGCCAGCAUCCGCAGGCACUCGGUCUCCGAGAUGACGUCAUGCCCGGACGCGCCGGGCCAGGGCCCCGCCGGGGACUUCGAGCCCUCCGCGGGCCUGCAGCCGGGGCCCUGCCCCAGCAGACUGUACUCGGACCUGACGCAGUCGCCCGGGGCCGGCCCGGCCUGCGGCUCCCCGCCCUCCUCCAGCCCCGAGAACCUGGUGGACCGGGUCCUGGAGUCCGUGGACUCGGACUCCGAGGGCAUCUUCAUUGACUUUGGCCGGCGCAGCGGGCCCGGCGCCUCCGAGCUGGAGGGGGACAGGGGGCGCCAGAGCGUCGUGUGAGGUCCUGGAGUUUUUACCGAGCCCGAGUGCGAGCCUGUGUGUGCGUUUUUUACUCCGUCCCGGCCAGUCCCCGGCCAGCCCUGUCCACCGAGGCUGCCCCCCAGCCCUUGGUUGGAGAAACCACUUUCACCAGCCCGAGCCCCACUCCGUUCCGGGGCGUCGGCCCCGGCGUCUUCACCUGCCGCCCGCGGGGCUCCCGGCGCGCAGGUCGGCCUCAGGUGCUCGGACGGGCCGCCGCCGCUCGCCCCGCCCACCAGGCCGCCCAGCCCGCCACCGCCACCGCCACACCCACGGAGACUGUGAACCUGGCGUCCGGCCAGGCCCCCAGAAUGACCCUCGGACACACCUGUCCCUCCCCCUUCGCCACAGCACGACCUGUGGGUGACUCUGUCCCGGACCCUCGGAGCCACCUGCCCUCACUGGGCCAGGGUGGCCGCAGGCAGGAAGAGGGGGAAUAAACCUCGUCAGCCCUGCUC